AUGUUCACCUGGUGGAUCUCCUGGUGGUGCGCCCUUGUCCUGUCGUCGUGUGUGGGCGCGGUGGGCGACGACGACGACAAGUGGGCGGGCAUGGAAGGCUUCGAGGACCUGCUCGAGCCCAUGGUGGUGCGGGGCAACGUGGGGCCGGGCAUGGGCGGCUCGGCGCUGGAGCUGGUCGAGGUUGACGGCGGCCAAAGCUUCGCAACGCAGCCCACGCCGCAGACGGCCGUCGUGGGCUCCACCGUCGUGCUUCCGUGCAGAGUUAUCAACAAGGUCGGCCACCUGCAGUGGACAAAGGACGGCUUCGGCAUGGGAACCCACAGGAACCUCCCCGGGUUCGCUCGCUACACCAUGAUCGGUUCGGACGACGAAGGAGACUACAGCCUGAGGAUCCAGCCGGUCCUGCUAGAGGACGACGGCAUGUACCAGUGCCAGGUGUCGGCGGGCGACGGCAUCCCCGGCAUCCGCUCGCACACGGCCAGACUCACUGUGUACGUGUCGCCAGAGCCGCCCCGCGUGCGACCCCCCGUCCUUCACGCCACCGCCGGCAUGACCAUCUCCCUCGAGUGCGAGAGCCGAGGCGGACGUCCCGCGCCGGAGACUUCCUUGCAUUGCGCCUAUCAGGGGAUUCAUAUGCCAGAAGAUGCUGUCAUGUAG